AUGCGAGGAUUGGAAUGGGAUAACAUGGGAGUGAAAGUUGAUUGCCGCUAUUUACACCAUCUUCGUUUUUCUGAUGACAUCGUUCUUAUAACAUCAAGCAUCAAUCAGGCGGGACGGAUGGUGGCCGAAUUUGAUGAAACGUGUGAAAAGAUCGGUCUUCAGCUAAACCUAGACAAGACGGUGUUUUUGAGGAACAGAUGCGUUUGUGAUGCCCCAUUCACGCUCAACGGAAUGAAUAUAUCCGAAUGCUCCAGCUGUCUAUAUCUAGGUCGGAAAAUCAGCAUGAUGGACGGCCUCCGAGUUGGGCAGAAGGAAACGAACGGCUGGGAAGCAUUAACGAGCAUCGGGGAUGUAGGGAAGGGGACCACGAACACCCUUCUUCGUGCUCACCUCUUCAACACCGCCGUUCUUCCUGCUUUGAUUUACGCUUCAGAAACGUGGGCGUUUCGCAACCAGGAGAAAAAUGUGAUCAGCGUCAUGGAAUGCGGCAUUGAAAGGAUCACGCUCGGAGAAACCCGCUUUACGCAAGUGAAAGAAUGGAUUCGAAGUUCACUCCCACAUCAGCGAUCGAAGAUCGGAGAAGUUGCCGCAUAUUUCAAGGGAAGCAAAAUUAGGUGGGCUGGACACGCGAUGCAUUUCAAUGACAAUCGUUGGACCAGAGCCGUAAGCGACUGGAUACCACGCAAACGCACCGCAGAUGCAAUGGUUAGACCUCUUUACGGAGUCCUUAGAAGAUAA